AUUUCUCUGUCCUUGUGAUAGAUGAACAUGGCCGGCCAAAAAUACCGUCACCAUGAGAGACGGAUCUGGGGUCAGCGCAUCCCGGCUGGCAUGUCGCAAGGUUGCACGGCAUCCAGAGCUGAACAGCCUCUCGGUCGGUGCGCUGCGCUCUCACGCAACGGACGAUACCGAUACGUCCAACGAGGCCGGUUUAAGUGGGCAGCAGUGACAAAUGGCCCACGUCAAGUCGAACUAGAGGCCAACCUCUUCUCAAUCCGUUGACCGACGCUGCGUACGACUUAAUUCGGACCGCGUUCUUUUCCGCCAGGGCCCCGUCAGCUGCCUUUUAGGCAUAUGAUCCAGGCCCCGUGGUGACUAUCGUCGUGUUGUUUUAAUCAUUUCCAGGCUGUUUCCUGAGCACCUCCAUACCUGAGGCAGGAAUAGAAGCAUGCGAACCGAAAUAGUAAUCACAGCUUACUUAAGCCCGGGCACCUGGACCAAAUAUAGGUAGCAAUAGGUACAACGCCAGCUCUUGAUUGAUGUCUGGUACCUAUCUUAAUCGUUAUAACACCCAGCGAACCCAGCUUGAUGGAUAAUUUGCUGUUAUUUCAGCAACACUACAGUACUCGGCAUAUCGCGAUUACUCGCCAUAUUUUGUCUAUCUCCAGCAUAUCGUGUCGGCUAAUUGGACAUAUGCCGAUAGCUGUUGUAAAAGCCAAUUGAAGGCAUC